GGUGCUAAUGGCGAAAUGGGUCUUAGGUUAGCUCUACAGACUCGAGAACAACAUAUCCGUAGAGACAAAGCCACUAGCAAUAUCUGCACAGCGCAGGCACUUCUCGCCAAUAUGUCCGCGAUGUACGCAGUUUACCAUGGUCCCAAACGACUUGUUGAAAUUGCAAGGAACAUUCACAAGUCCACAGCAUUCUUGCAGUCAGAACUGGUUAAAGCUGGACAUCAAAUCUCUCACAAGGUCUACUUCGAUACCUUGAAAGUUACUGUGAAAGACCUGGCAAGUUUUAAGCAACGAGCCGAAGAAAAACAGAUGAAUUUCCGCUACUACCCUGAUGGGGCUGUUGGUGUGUCACUGGAUGAGACGACAAAGUCAUCGGACCUCCGAGAUCUGCUCUAUGUUUUCAAUGGAUCAACGAAACUUAGCGAGGUGCUUAUCUGUGCUAACCAUUAG